AUGCUCAGCACGCCACUCCUCACUCUCGCCACCCUCGGCGCCGUUCUCUCCACCACCGCCCUCGCGGCGCCCAGCCCGAACCCCGACGCGUCCGAUCUCACGCGCCGCGACAUCCAACCCAUUCCAGAGGGAAAGACCUGGUCAGUGUCGUAUGAGUGCGACAGCACGAACGUGGACGCCUCGGGUACAACGGCGGAUAUGGAUUCCGGAUGCAAGAAAAUUGAUGGCGGGGCGCCUGAGAUACAGAUGAACUAUGAUACGAAGUCGUACUAUCAGAUAUCGAUGCAUAUGUACGUUAAUGAUGAUUGCACGGAGCAAGACUACGGCUGGUGGGGUAACCUCUGGCACCACAACAGUAGAGGCCAUAGAGUGCAGUCCUCGGAAGGCUUAUGCAUGAAGGCAGUGGGGUCAGUGAAGGGCGAUUCGGACGAUACGAAAUGGGGGUCUUAUAAGUUCACGAGUUUGGUGUUGGGAGAAGGAGAGGCGGUUAGGUCGGCGGAGGAGAAAUUCUAA